AUGUCAUCAUACUAUCAGCCAUGGGGAUACAUCCCUGCAACUUCCAGCCCCUUGUCACACCAGCAUGUCGUUCAACACUAUUUUUCUUCAGGCUACAGUCUCUUAGUCAUGUCAGCUGGAGGUCGCCCAUCCAAGCGCCCAAAAUUCAUCCACCAUAUCCAUAGCGAAACUGUUGGCCAGGCCAGCACUAGGCACCGCAACUUCAGUUUGCAGGCAAGCGGAAACUUCAAUCUCCGGACAUCAUACUUGUCUGCUUCCAGACCUGCAAUAGAAGAGGAGGAGCAAGCGCUAUCUCAACAAGCUGUUGGCGUGGACUCAGACCCUUGGAAUGAGACUGAGUUCUACCAGGCAGUAGAAGAUUCGCAGUCUCAUUCAGAUGGGCCAUCUCAAGCAGGGCAUGGGAGAACACCAGGUGAUGAUCCCCUCGCCCUUUGGCUGCAUGAACGCGAAAUAUACUUAGACAAACUCAUUUGUCUUGAAGGGCGAGGCAAAAGCGCCAGUGAACAAUGCUCGUGCGGGGAAUUAUCACCGUCUUUCAGAUGUCAAGACUGUUUCCCCCCUCUGCUAACUCGUCACGCAUGCCUCUUACAGUCGCACCUCAGAAUGCCGUUCCAUAGAAUCGAGGAAUGGCAAGAUGGGUUUUUCCAUGCUGUAACCCUCAAAUCUUUAGGGCUACGUAUUCAGCUCGGUCAUAAGGCAGGAGAAGCUUGUCGUCGUCCGAGCCCCGCGUUCGAUGACGACUUCAUUGUUAUCAACACUCACGGAAUUCAUGAAGUCAGCCUAGACUUCUGUGGUUGCGAGCACAAAGCUUCUCACUAUAAACAAUUGCUUUCGGGCACAACCGCCGCAACAUUUGUGGUGUUGAAGUUCUUUCACCUGCUUUCCUUCGAAUCCAAAGUAUCCGCAUACGAGUUCUACCACAGUUUGGCGCGCCAGAGCGACAACACCGGAAUCACGCCAAUACGGGAUCGCUACUCAACAUUUCUUAGGAUCAUAUGUAAGUGGAGGAACCUCCAUUCCUUGAAACGCGCUGGCCGUGGCCAUGAUCCAGCUGGUGUCAAUGCAACUAAGGAAGGAGAACUUGCUCUUCUGUGCCCAGCAUGCCCGCACCCUGGAAAGAAUUUACCUGAUGGGUGGAUGUAUAGUGUAUUUCUUGCAAUCGAUGCAAACUUCCGUCUCAAGCGCCAAGCCAUCUCCUCCGACACCAAAGAUCCGGGUCUCAGCGGUGGCUGGGGCUAUUUCGUCAAUGAGAAGCAUUACAAGGCCUACAUAGGUAAUAAUUCUGCUGUCAUACAAGAGAGGAGCGCUUGCGUCAACCACAACACAGUGAACAUGGCGGAUGUGAAAAUGUCGGGGGGACUUGCGGCUACAGGUGUCGGCACUGUUGACUGUGCCCGCCAUGACAUGAAGUUGGCGAAUGGUGUCAGGGACUUGCAAAAAGGUGAAAGAUAUGUUAAUAUGGACUAUCUCGUUUUUUCAGCAUUGUCGACAUUUUCGAGCCUCAAAGUCAUCAACUUUUCUUAUGAUAUCGCAUGCCAAUGGCAUAAGAAACUCUGGGGCCGUGUCCCUUCGCUUCCUCUUCGCCUUCAACCAGAUCCUGUUGGAAAGACUUUCCGGUAUUUUGUACCGAAGUUUCAUAUUGCAGCGCACGUGGAAGCUUGUCAAAUGAUGUUCUCACUUAACUGGUCACCUGGCAUUGGUCGAACAGAUGGAGAAGCCCCCGAGCAUGGCUGGGCAAACAUUAAUCAUGUUGCUACGAGCACCAAAGAGAUGGGUCCUGGAGCUCGUCAAGACACACUGGACGACCACUUUGGCGAAUGGAAUUGGAAGAAGAUCACAUCACUAGGUCGAGUGUUGUUACGGAAGGUCAUCGAAGCCGUCAGAGCGGAGCAAGAGCAUCAUAUUGCACUUUCCGAACUUGAAGACUCUAUCCGAGAGUCUGAACUAGGUGCCUCCUCGCUUCAAAAAUGGAGAGAAGAGAUAGAGAGUUGGGAGGUUGACCAUACAAAACCUAAUCCUUUUGAGAGACGUGUUGAUACUAUGACACAGGCAGCCGUUCGGCUGGAGCUCGCCAAACAAGAUACCAAGGAGUUGGAGGAUGGCACUGCUGUGUCUCUUCACUCCGAGGUAUCUUGCAGUAUCCUCAUCAGCACCGGCAUUGAUCUUGAACAUGCCCAACGUCGACUUCGCGCAGAUGCAGGAUUACUCGGUCAACAUCCAACUGACACUCAAUGGACGAGCAUUCUGACCCGUAGCAACACCCUCCUCCGCCGCAUAGACGCUUGGACAACGAUCCAGACUUUGUACAUGCCGUCAGUCGCGAACCUACGUGCCAAUAGGUUGAUUGAUUUGUCGAGUGACGAUGACGACAGUGGCUGUCCCAAGCCAAAUCCCAACUCCGGAAAGGCUGAAGACUUGCAACUUCUCCUGCCCUCUGAGAUCUGUGAUCAUGUACCAUGUGAUCGCAAACUCCUCGAAAUCGAAUGGUCUCUUCGGCUCGCACAAGCUCACGAUGCUCUUAAUGAGUGUCGCACACAUAUUCGCCUUCGUCGGCAGCUAGCACAAUUCAAGAAACAGCACAUACAUGGUCAGAAUCCCAACACCCGUGCAAGGAGGACGCUCGACGCCGUGGAAGAACGUCUGGUUAUGAGCCACGCAAAAUACUCAUGUGCACGAAAGGCACUCGUCGCUCUAUCCAAUCACCUCGACCACAUUGGUUGGGAGCGAAAACUACAGCCGCUCACGAGAUCUCACCUCCGUCCUAUGGGCGACUUCGCAGGGCAAACACAAGGCAGGACCAUCAUGUCCUGGAUCUGGCUGAUGCACGGAAUAUCUAACGAUGACGCUGAGAGUUUGCAAGACGCGCUUCGUGUUGAGUGGUGCAAGACUAGGGCACGUCAAAACCGUUGGUCCGAGGAAGUUCGACUUUUGUUGGAAGAGAUGCGGCGAGUUCUUGCUUUUUUCAACUGGCAGGUGCAAUGGUGGGAGGACCGUAUCAGUCUGCGAACACUGACUAGGUUGGAGGUGACCGAGGGCUUAAUUGCAUACGCGAAGCGGCAGGCAUUUAUUCGACGCAGGCUGUCGGCAUCAUUCAGAGAGAAGUGGAAGGAUGUUCCAGCGUUGGUGGCCUCUGGGAUGGUGCCGAGUACCUUAGAUCUACUCGGUGAUUUAUGGUGA